UUACCACCGCCGCACCGACAGGUGACGCUGCAAGUGUAUCUGCCUCUGGUGAAAUUUUACUUCAGCUACCACAGUGCUCAGCCACAGCAGUUGGCCGCCGGUGCAGACCAAAACAUAGACAAUGGGCAAGAAGCACAAAAAGCAUAAGUCCGAGAAGCAUGGAUAUGAAGAAUAUGGAGACAGACCACUGAAGCUGGUGCUGAAAGUGUCCGGAAAUGAAGUGACGGCAGGAAGCUCGAGCCUUGACACUUUUUAUGACGAACAGCCGGCUGACUUUGACAAACCCAAAGACAAGAAAAAGAAGAAGAAAAAGGAUAAAGAGAAAAGCUUUGGGUCACCAGAGGAGGAAAAGGGGAAGAAGAAGGUAACUAAAAAGAAGAAAGGGCAGGAGGCAGAUGGAGAUGAUGACCGGGAGCAGAGCAGGACUCCUAUACGUUCAGAGAUUGAUAAACAGGAAGAAAAAGAACAGACUCCUCUGCAGGAAGCUUUGAAUCAGCUCAUCAGGCAGCUCCAAAGGAAAGACCCGAACGCAUUCUUUUCAUUUCCAGUGACAGACCUCAUUGCUCCUGGUUACUCUGCAGUCAUCAAGCGUCCCAUGGACUUCAGUACAAUGAAGGACAAAGUAAAGAAAGAGUGCUACCAGUCACUGGAUGAACUCAAGGUUGAUUUCAGGAUUAUGUGUGAAAAUGCCAUGAUUUACAACAAACCUGAGACAAUCUACCACAAAGCAGCACGGAAACUGUUACAUUCAGGAAUGAAGAUCUUGAGCCAGGAAAGGCUGGACAGCCUGAAGCAAAGCAUAGAUUUUAUGGCUGGUCUUGACCCUUCUGCCAAACAACCUUUGAAAUCUGAGGAACAAACGAGCACCUUUCUGGACCAGAACAAGGAGGGACCUGCGACUACAGACAGCAGCGAGAGGUCACAGACACCCAGCACUCCCAGACAGGACAAAGACUCUAAGGACGAAGCAGCAAAAGCAGAGAAAGAGCUUCAGGAAAUACGCAAGGUCAUUGAGAAGUCUGGAGGAAAGCUGUCCAACAGAGUGCUGCAGUCUGAUUUGGAGUUUGCAAGGCGGAAGUCAGAUGGCUCCACCACUCUGGCUAUCCUCAACCCAGCAGAUCCCUCAGCAGGAGAUGUGGGUUAUUGUCCUGUGAAACUCGGCAUGAUGUCCAACCGGCUGCAGAGCGGUGUGAACACCUUGCAGGGUUUCAGGGAGGACAAGAGGAACAGGAUCACCCCAGUGUCCUACAUGAACUAUGGGCCAUUCACCUCCUACGCGCCAACCUACGACUCCAGCUUCGCCAACAUCAGCAAGGAAGAUUCUGACCUUAUCUACUCUCUCUAUGGAGACGAGUCCAGCCUGCAGGGCUCAGACAGCUUGUCAGAGUUCCUGGCCAAAUCAGAAGAGUAUGUGUACAAACUGGCAGACAACCUCCUGGAUGCAGUGACAAACGGAGAGCAUUCAAGAAUCCUGAAGGACACCGAGCAACAAGUAGAGCAGCUGUCAAAUAUACAAGAGGACAAGGAUACCGUGGAGGUAGCUGACCCCCAAACAUGUGACAGACUGGAUUUCCUGCGCUCUGCUGCAGGCCUGCAGAUGACUGAGGAGCUUUCUGAGGAAGCCCUGAACAUCCAGCAGAAAUUGGACGAGACUACAAAGCUCCUGCGCAACUUGCAGGAAGUUCAGAGGGAACGUCUGAGUGCCAAGCAGCCACCAAACAUGAUCUGCUUGCUGGCCCCGACUGCCAAGGAGCUGGAGCUGGCUGAGAAGGUGACAUCAAACUUGGCUGAGCUGACUAGUCAGGUGGCCCCAUGUGAUGUCAGCAGUAUCUACGGCAUCAGGAAGGCCAUGGGCAUUGCUGCCCCUCCAGACCCACCUGAGCUCUUCAUAGACCUCACUACAGUGCAGGACACGGCUGAAGCCAUGGAGACCAGUUGUCCAGAUGUGGUUCCAGUUAUCGCUGUGUAAUGAAAUUCCAGACACUCUCAUUCAGUGUAAUAACUUAAGUUUUGUAAAAAAAAAAGUGCUUUUUGUGUUACAUUUGUAUGCUUUUCGGCCAAUAAACUUUUUUUAAUAAAAACCAACAACCUUGGCUCUUGUGUAACGCUGCGUGACAAACUGCAGACUUAAAACAUUUAUUACAUUCUUUAACUGUACAAAAGUCAAUGUCACAUUUGUUCACAGAAAGGCCAGUACAUUAUUAUUAUUAUUAUUGUUGUUAAUAUUAUGUAACCACAAUUACAGACAAAAUGUUGGUCUCAGAAGAUAAGGCCACAAGACAAGUUUCAGAGGCACAGAAAGUGAUCCAGAUCAGUUUAAGUGGUCUCUGAGCUGGGGCCAGAAAAAACAUUCACAGCAGGCAGGUUGUUAGAUCACACAGAUCGAGGACAUCGAAGAGAGCGUCACAGAUACCCUUCAUCGCAGCAUAUAUGGAGACAGGCAGGCAAAGAUGCUGAAAAUGGAUUUCUUAUCUGAGCAGAUUAAACACUUACACAGAUGGCAUACAUAAAGAAAAUGUAUUUCCUCCUGAAAUACAGUACGUACCUUAAUAUUAAAUAAUUGUUCCUAAGGCCAAACAGCACAGCUGGAAUUCCUAAAAGGUCACAUAAAGACCACAAAGUGAUGGAAACCUAAUCUUAAUCUGCUUCAGGAUUUGCAGUUUAGCCACAAAGUAAAGCUUCCUAGAUUUACUUCUAUAGAUGGGAGCAAGAGAAGUUUCCCUGUCUUCUGCACAGCUGGUUUCUGACAUUGAAACAGCUUAACACAUUUAUGUCUGGCUCAUUACACAGUAACAGCAACAGUGUCCAUCGCCUCUCAAAACGAAACCCAUACAACUUUCAGAUUCAAACAGAAUCCACUGGAGAUUUUUCCCCCUCUUAUUUUUUGUUUUAAAAGACCAAAAUGGACAUCCAAAAUCUCAACUGCAUUUGGCUUUAGUACAAUACACAUUUUUUUUCUAUCACAUAAAAUUACAGACAUUGAAAAUAGUACAAAAGUGAUCGAUCACUUGUGUCAAUGUGUUUGUGACUAGAAAAAGAUGGUGAUUGUACAUACUGACCAUCUCCUCAGUCAUCUCCUGAUCCAACCAUGAGAUGCUGGGUGUUGAAUGCAAUAUCCACCACACAGCAAAUAAGCAGUUCCUUUAAAAAUCCUUAAUUCAGUAACAUCACAGGAACGCAGCUAG